AUGCAAAGCUUCCAGAAGCCAGAAAAUGCCCUAAAAAGGGCAAAUGAGCUUCUCUCUAUUGGGCAGCAGGAAGCGGCGCUCAAGAUAUUACAUGCUGCUAUAGGACAUAAAAGAUUCAGGUCGCAAGGAUGGGACGCCGUACAGGAGGCGAUUAUGCUUCGUCAUGUUCAACUUUGUGUUGAUGAAGGAAAACUUAGACUCGCUAAGGAUGGGUUACACCAAUACCGUAUAGUAUCUCAGCAUGCAAAUGCUCAAUCAUUAGCGAAGGUUGUUGCUGAGCUAAGGACAAGAGCAGAAGCAAGACUUGCUGCAGCAAGAGCUAAAGUUGGCAAUGAUGCUGAGCCAAGUGCACCUGAGGAUUUGGAUGUAGAUGCCGAGACACCUGAGAAUUUACUUUUAUCGACAUUACAGAUAAUAUUUAAUGAAUUAUGA